AUGAAGAUAACCAGACCCCAUCUUCAAUCUAUAUGCACCCUCUUCUCAUUGUUCUUGAUUUUGGUUGCCCAAUCAAUUUCUUCCAUUGAAACUUCCGAUUCUUUUAAACAUUUUUUGGGUGCCAAGAAAGGUGAUAAAAUUAAGGGACUCGAUCAAGUUAAAAGGUACCUUAUCAAGUAUGGUUAUAUAAACUCCUUCUCAAGUGACCACCAACUAGAAGACUUCGACGAUAUCUUGGCACAAGCCAUAAAGAAAUACCAGGUCUUCAACCACCUUGAGUCCUCAGGUAUCUUAGACGCAAAUACAUUAGCUCAAAUGGCGAUGCCCCGGUGCGGAAUGCCCGAUUUCGUCAACGGCACCGCCAUACCACAUGGUAGGAAGCUAGUCCUAUAUAGGUCCGACGGCUCGUACUACACUUUUGAGUCCUCAAAGUGGUACAAGUUUAACCUAACAUGGGCUCUUAGACCUGGAACACGAGCUGACGCACGACGCCCAAUCACAUCUGCUCUAGGCAAGUGGGCGUCAGUCUCAAAGUUCCAUUUCUUCCCGAGCCCAGUGUUCGAUAGAGCCGACAUACAAAUUAGUUUCUUUAGAGGUGCCCACGUAGGGGACAAAGCCCCUUUUGAUGGGCCCGGGGGUACUCUAGCCCACUCAGGGUAUCCGCCAAGCGGGAUUUUGCAUUUCGACGCGGACGAGACUUGGGCUGAUGGGGCGGUUCCAAGGACCUACGAUAUUGGUACGGUUGGGUUGCAUGAAUUGGGACACGUGCUUGGGCUUGGCCAUAGCAAUGUCCCAUCUGCCGUCAUGUGGCCGUAUAUUGUACAAGGCACGACCAAAGGCUUGGAUCCUGAUGACAUUGCUGGAAUCAGGGCUUUGUAUCCAUAA